GUCGUCGGCGAAGGGGCAUUGGGGGGCGAGGAAAAGGUAGGGACCGGCGAGGGGGAGAGCGACACCCGUAGCUCCGCUUUACCGCCGCAUUCUCGAGCGUUCGUCUGCGUUCGUCUCCUCGUACGGCAACCACGCAAGCGAGUGCACGUCGUUGUGUCGCGCGCAUACCAUUAUUUCGUGUCUCGUGUUCAACCUAGAAUACGGUUUCUCUUGUAUUCGUAUCGGCUGCGUACAUUUGUGCAUCAGUGCUAAUGGUGCUUAGUCGUUAGUUUUCAAUAGGCGAUUUUCUGCGAAAGUAAGUUGUGGUAAAAAUAUCUGGCGUCCGAGUAACGUGCUCUUCUUUUUCUCUGCCUCCGCCUUUACGGCGCGUCGCUUACUUCGCGAGCUGUUAAUACGCGUUCGCUAAAAUCCCGGCGCAAUAAUCGGUGAAUUAUCGAGCUUCGUUCCUUACGGCGUCGAUUCAUGUAGCUACAAUACAAAGUGGAAAGGAAACGUGAAAGACGCGGUGGGAGUAUAUUGAGUGAUUUCUCGGAAGUGAAGUUGAUUUUUCGUAGUGUUUAUGCGGAGACUAACAUAGUCUCUCACGCUGAAUAUGCUGUAAAACCUAUAUUGUGCGUGUCCUAUAGAGUGCGUGAGAGAUAUACACAUAGAAACAGGAUACUAGACGUGUAAAAGUGGAUGUGAGUGAUACGCUGGUACGUUGUGACGACGAAGACUCGCCGGAGUAUUCGCGGACGAACAAGUCGAGCAAAAUGAUGGGAAAGAGAACGCAGUGCUACUUGUGCGAUCUGCCCAGGAUGCCCUGGGCAAUGAUCACCGAAUUUUCGGAACCCGUGUGCCGUGGUUGCGUGAAUUACGAGGGUGCUGACAGGAUAGACGCAGUAUUGGAAUCAGCCAAGCAAAUGAAAAAGGCACACGGUUUCCAUGAAGCUAGAUCCUCUACAUCGAAAACCUACAGAACGACCGGACACACUGAACAUAACGGCGGUGCUAAUUUGGACGUUCUACCGAUACAGAAUACCGGUCAAAACCACUCGAGGCAUCAUAAUAUCACCGGUUACUCACAGCUUCAUCAUCGAAACUCUAUUACCGAGUUCAACUCGGGAACAUCGAGGCAGCAAAUCUCUCGGCAACACGAAGAAACCCAUGAGAUCGCGAAUGGCAUGAGGAGUAAUAAUGUGAGAAUCCCAAACGCCCACCUAGCCGCGGUGGCGCAUCACGUGAACCUCAGCCACAACAGAGGCAUCGCACAACUCAAACGAAGCAUUUCCACAAUCGACGAGGACGAACAUGCAGAGAAGAGACUUUCGUUGGAGGAGCAGCAUUCGGUCAGGCCGCCAUUGACCAGGGGCGAUUCCUUACCAGCUGUAAGCCUCGCCGUCAGUUAUGUGCAGGAUAGAAGUAAAGAGAAGCAUCCUGUGAGAGCACCCAGUUUCGAGACCGCCACUACAUUCAAGGCCAAUGGGGCGUACGUCGGUCCGUCUAUCCCAUUGGCACCAGCAAAUGUGGCGGCAAAUGGCGGAGGGUCUCCGCUUCGCCCGCGAACGAGCCCUCCACCGCCACCGCCACCGGCGCAAGAAGCCUCGAACGAUAAUCCACAAACGAAUCAUCACCAGGGUUCGACAAAUGGCCCCUCACCUAUGGCGGCUCUCAUGUCCGUCGCUGACAACUUAGCGUCACCAGAAUCAGUGCCACAACCACCGAACAAUCCGAGUCCGACCAGCAGAAGCCCACCGACUACCGCUACGAAUGCUCAACAACGCAGUACCUCCAGAGCAUCACAGCAUAGCCCGAACAGUUCAGGUCCCUCGGGUAGGAGGUCUAAUAAUGGUUCAAGACAUGUGUCGUCGACGACUGUGACAACGUCAUCAGAAGGAGCAGUCGCCCAGGUUACCGGAGCUGAGCAAGUAUCAGCACCGAUACUUAAAUGCACCCUGUGUCAAGAACGCCUCGAGGACACUCAUUUCGUUCAGUGUCCCAGCGUGCCACACCACAAAUUCUGCUUCACUUGCAGCCGAGAGAGUAUAAAGAGACAAGGAGCUGGGUCAGAGGUGAAUUCCCGGUUUAUUGCCCAAGCGGAGAGAAGUGUCCACUGGCGAACAGCCAAGUGCCAUGGGCGUUUAUGCAAGGCGAGAUAGCCACUAUCUUGGGCGACGAUACCACAGGCUCUGGGCUGAAAGUAAAGAAAGAGAGAGAAACUUAAAGGUUCUCGUAUUGUUUAAAACAGGGCUCAAAUUUUGCACCCUCUUUGAAGAGGGUUGAUUAUGGUGGAACCGUGAAGGUUCACCAAAAAAUACUUUUGGUAACGGUGAUAAAUGUUUGGCAACGAUAUUGCCAACAUUAUUCGAUUCGAGCCAAAGACGUUGUCGGUGUAAAUUGGAAUUAAUAACGAAGUUGUUGAAGUUGUUGUCGGGGAAAGUGGACGAUUUUUUUUUCAGCGACCUCUGGCUCGCUGGGUGUUCUGUUCACCGAGGCAACCGAUUGUUUCGAUCGAUCGUUCAUUCGAUCAAUUGUUUUGACUGGUCUUGAGAAGAAGUCUUUGGCACUUUUUGACACGCUGGCGUCGGUCCUGCACACGUGUAUAUAUGGGAUUAUCGUAGAACGGUUAAUGCGCGAGGAAAUAAAAAGAAAAUGUGGUUUUUGUCGAAUAUAUACGAAUCGUCGUUAGAAGAAACCGCGGGAGAGAUUUUGUGUCCGGUUUGGGUUUGUACUUAGGCUCGAUCGCCUUUCUUUAUUGUUUCUUGUGUCGCGACGGUUUUCGCGUUUUUUGAAGUACAACAUACAGAGGACAUAACGUUUUACACGCCAUACACAUAUAAGCAUGCACGAUUUGCUGCAUACACGUACACACAUACCCGCGAAAUACGCGCGUCAGCGCGCACAUACACAGACACAGAGUAAUACACAUGGAAACACGAUACGAUACCAUUAAAAUUAGGCGGUUGUAUUGUACUUUAUUUUUACUCACGCAGCAUUGCGUGAUCGCGGAUUAACUGAAGUCGGGAAAUAUCGCGCUUCGGUGUUCUAAAUCCCCGUCGGACAAAUCCCUGACGGUCGUCCUUUUCUAAUCUUUUAUUUGUAUACUCUUUCUACUACUACUACUACACACUCUUUGUAUGAUAGGGAAAAAAAACAUGGCGAACAUAUUUAGACCCAGCGUACGGGUUUUCUGUACAUUGUGUAUAUGUGUACAUACCACAUUAUUAAUAAAACUUAUGGACUAAAGGAGUAACCAUUUUUAAAUGUACAAAAGAACUUACAUUUGUUUUGC